AUGGCAAGUUCAUUGAGUACUAGUAAUAUCAAUGGUAUCAUGAACAAUUAUAACCAGCACAGAUCCUCUAGUAUACCCAAGAGGCCUAAUGGCAGACCUAGACAAAGGAGUACAUCAGUACCAUACACUCAAGUUAGAGCUCCUAAGGGUAAAGUUGUCCAGACAAUAAGAAAAAAGAAAGUGCCAAACAGUAGUAAGCAUCUACCACAAUCAUUUUCAUACAAAGAGUUUGAAGAGAUUUGGGAAAGAAAUGUGGAAUAUACAGAUCAGACAUCUGAAAAGGACAUUUUGAAAUAUGUAUGCAAUGCUUUUAAUUCACAAUCAUCAGAGAAUGUUGCUGAAGUAAAUGGUAUAAAACCAUCAUGGUAUAAAACUAUCACAGCUUAA